AUGUCGGUUGUGGACGUCGCAGAGCUGGCCUCCCGUUCUGGCUUUGUCAGGGACUCCUCAAAGAAGCAAGGGAACCCAGGCGGGGACCGCAGUGGUGAAGAUCCGGGUGGCAGGGUCGGGAGGACAGACGGGUACAUGGACCACACGGGCACCAUCGACUUUCAGGCCCUAGAGAGGGAGCUGCAGGCAGCGUUGGCGGCCGACGAGAAGUACAGGCGGGAGAACGCAGCCAAGCUGCGGGCCGUGGAGCAGAGGGUGCCUUCCUAUGAGGAGUUCAGGGGUAUUGUGCUGGCAUCCCAUCUGAAGCCACUGGAACGGAAGGACAAGAUGGGGGGGAAGAGAAGCGUGCCCUGGAACUGUCACACCAUUCAUGGGAGGACCUUCCCUGAGGUGACCACUGAAAUCUCACAGGAGGAGAUCAUCUCCCAGCCCACCACCUCAGCCGAGUUCUACCGUAACUGGCGGCGCCACUGGCGGAGUGACCCCGAGCGCUACCAGGCCCUGCUGCAGCUCGGGGGGCCAGAAUUGGGCCGCCUCUUCCAGGUGGACGUGGGAUUCGGACUCCUGGGUGAGCUUCUGGCAACACUGGCUGCUGAGGUGAGGUUGGCUGACAGGACCGCAGUGCUGGGGAUCCUGCACAGCCUGGCCAGCACGGGGCGCUUCGCCUUGAACCUGAGCCUGUUGAGCCCUGCAGAGCGAGAAAGCUGCCGUGGCUUGUUCCAGAAGCUGCAGGCCAUGGGAGCUGCCAGGACCCUGGAGGAGGAGAGGUGCAGCCAGCAGGAGCAAGGCUCAGAGGAGGUGUCUGCCAGGCUCCUGCAGGAUCUGCGAGCGAUGUAUGGAGUUGACUGA